AUGGCGCUCAGAGACGACUUUCUGACUAUUCUUAAUGCCGAAAUGGUUUUCAGCAUCCUCGAGUUCACGCCAAAGAAGCGUCUCAUCAUCAACAUGCUCAUUCUUGGUAAUUUUCCAGAACUGAAAAUAACUUUAAAUUGAAAUAUAUAGUUGUGGCCUUGGUUGGCGGAGUUACGGCGACAUUUUCCGCCGUUCAGGCCAUGGUGAAUAGCCGAUUUUCGGCCCCUUGUUAUGCCCGACUUUGGUCAGAAGCUGCCGCUUUAGCCGAACAGCAGCGGAUGCAGUCCUUCCAGUUUGUUUUUCAUUUUAUUUUUUCAUUUUCUUGUAAAAAAAUAUCAUAUUUUCAUUUCAAAAAUCGUUGAGAAGCUAUAAAAUUAAAAUCCUAAAAAAUCUAAGAAAUCGCCCACUAUUUGAGAAUUCCUAAAGCAUUUUCAGAUUGUUAUGAACUUUUUCGCUCAUUAAAUUUUUUAAAAUGUGAAUUCAAGCACUUCUAACCACAUUUAGGAAGUUUAGAAAAGCCCGGAAAGUUUUUUUUUUUCCAGAAAAUUCCCAAGCGAUUCAAAGUGUCUAUAGACAUUUAAAAAAUCUGGUCAAUUUUGAAGUUUCUGGAAAAUUUUGAAUUCCCAGGUGGUCGCGUUUUAAAAGGCGAAGACGUGUUGAAUUUUUCUAGUUUUGAAGCAAUCCCGGGGUAAUUUUGGAAGAUGACGUCAUUGCGAAACUGAGAAAAAGCUAAGUAAUCCCUUUAGGACUUUGACCUUUGAGUGGCCCCUUUAGUAGUUGAACUAGUGGACACUAUUGAGGUCUACGUGGUACUACGAGAUCAUUAAAGUGGCCACUUAAGAGUCCUUGAGGAACCUCUUAAGUGGCCACUACAAUAUUUUCAUAGAAUUUUUCUUUCCAGACACGGCAAAAUCGCCUGCUGUGGCGAAUUCCGCAACAUCUCCCACAUAGUCGGCUCCUGUCUCGACGACAGCGUCAAAUUAGUUUCCUCUAUGGGUGGUCAUGGAUAA